AUGUGGUGGGGAAAGGGCUCAGACAAAGAUCCCAAGGCGCCGCCUAAGGACGACGCUUCGGCUGCAGAGCCCAGCAAGAGCAAUGCUCCACAACCUGCCCCAUUCGACCCGAACAAGCUCCCAAAUCGUGAGAAGCUGCCACCUGCUCUGCAGAAGAUAGUCGACAAGCAAGACAAAGACGAGAAUUGGUAUGAUGAGCUCGUGGACGGCUAUGCGCCAGAGUCGACCGAGUCGAACGUACGAUUUGCCGCCUACGCUGCACGAGUCCGGACAAUACUUCUUUCUGCACAUCGCUACGUCGCUUACACCUCUGACAUAGGAGAGUCAUUCCGGCCGAUAGCGCACCCAUGGCUCGUUCGCGGUGCCUAUGGAAUACAACUGUCUGAGAAGCAGCAGAAGAUCUCAGGCCUGGAAGCAAUAGAAGCUGCCGACGCACAGCCACGGGCAGUGCCUCCCCUGGAGAACUAUAAGACAGUAAUGGCACAACGCGCUAUCUUCCAGAGCUUGGCAAGUAUGGGUCUUCCAGCGUUCACGAUCCACAGCGUAGUCAGAUACAGUGGGAGAGCGCUCAAAGAUGCCAAGAACAAGACGAUCAGGACAUAUGGUCCCAUCGGUUUGGGCCUUGCUGUUGUUCCCUUCCUCCCAUCUUUGUUUGAUAAGCCGGUGGAGAAUGCUGUUGAGUGGGUAUUCCACAAAGGCUUUGAAACCAUGGGCGGUCAUGAUGCCGUGGGCGCAGCGCCCAAAAUGGGCAGGGAAAAGGCCUUGUCCACGAAGCCGAAGGAAAAGGAAUUGUAA